UCAAGCGAAACACUCUGAAUCAUCAUGACUGAAACCGCCACUGUAGUUGCUGCCGCGGCUCCUGCUGCUGCUUCGCCUGCCAAGACCCCGAAGAAGGCCAAGGCCACCAAGGGAGACGCCAAGAAGCCGAAGAAGCCUGCUACACAUCCACCAGCAAACGAGAUGGUCAUAGCCGCCAUCAAGACCCUGAAGGAACGCAAAGGAUCAUCCCUUCAGGCCAUCAAGAAGUACAUCGCUGCCAACUACAAGUGCGACGUUGCCAAGCUGUCCAUCUUCAUCAGGAAAGCUCUGGUCAGCGGUGUCGAGAAGGGCACUCUAGUCCAGACCAAGGGAUCCGGUGCCUCAGGAUCGUUCAAGCUCAAGGCCGAUGAAAAGGCACCAAAGAAGGCCACUGGAGAUAAGAAGGCAAAGAAGGCUACCGGUGAGAAGAAAAAGGUCGCCAAGAAGCCCGCCGCCAAGAAACCCGCUGGCGAGAAGAAGGCCAAAAAGCCCGCAGCCAAGAAACCAGCCGUUGAGAAGAAAGCCAAAGCUGCCGGUGCCAAGGCCGCCAAGAAGGCUGGAACUGUGAAGAAGGCUGCUGCGCCCAAGCAAAAGGCCACCAAGCCCUCGAAGACCGCUGCCAAGAAGCCGAAGACCCCGAAACCGAAGAAGGCCGCCCCAGCCAAGAAAGCUGCGCCGAAGAAGGCCGCCGCAAAGAAGUAAACUUGGAAACGACGCCUACUGACGUGCCACGCACGAAACAAUCACCCAAAUCAGUCCUUUUCAGGACUACCAGUAUUGAUUUCCAUCAAGAGUUACCAUUUGGAA